AUGUCAUCUGAACUUGAGAUAUUAGCUAGAUGGCGUACGAUAGGAUCUAGACAUUCUGAAGAUGUUAUUGAAUUGGGUAAAAGGGUGUUGAGAGGUAAUGUGGGUGAUCAAGAAUGGUCAAUACGAGAACAAUUAGCUAUUGCAGCUUUAGACAUGGGACAAAAUGAAUUGGCCAAAGAACAAAUAACAAUAUUACACCGUAAAUUCCCUUCUUCACCAAGAGUAAGGAUACUCGAUGGACUGUUACUUGAAUCUCGGGGCGAAGUUGAGCAGGCCAAAUCUACCUAUGAGGGAUUAUUGAGAGUUGAUGAAACUGAUGUUUCCGCCCAUCAACGUAUAAUCUCACUCAAUCUAUCCUCCUCCUCUCCCUCAUCGGCAAUACCACCAUUGUUGAAAUACCUAGAUACAUUCUAUUCAGAUCCAUCGGGAUGGUCAAUCCUUUCUGAACUAUAUUGUGAAUUAGCCAUGUACGUCCAAGCGUUGGAUGCUAUAGGUCAUUUGUUGGUCAUCCAACCUUGGGACGAGAGUGCUGUGAGAAAAGCUGGAGAGGUGGCUUAUACCCUCGGCGAUUACCAACUAUCUCUCAAACACUUCCUCAGAGCAGCAGAGAUGGAAGGUGACAAAGAGACGAACCCUAAACCUACGCGAACGAGGACAUGGUGGGGUAUCAAACUGGCCACAUCACGUCUUCUCGAAUCAAAUUCGAAUAGUAUCGAAAGUUCAGUCCCGCAAGAGUUUAGAUCAUCUCAAAAACAACUUUUACUCUUAGAUCAAUUAGCUACCGAAAGGAUAUUAUCUGUAGGAGGGAAAGGAUCGGAUUUGAAGAGAAAGGUAUUAGGUGAAAGUUCAGUUGUACGAUAA